AUGGCGGGCUGGGGGAGGCUGGCGCGGCUCGGCGGGCGGCUCUGGGCGGCCGCGGCGGCGCCGAGGGCUCCCGGCCACAGGGGACAGCUGGGCUUGCUAGUCAGGCACACUAAUAGUGCAACGUGGUGGCACGAGCAUCUUUCUGAAGAGAAUGUGGAGUUCCUGAAGAAGCUAACUACAGAGGAAUACAAAGCUCAAACAGCCAGCAAGCUCUGCCCUCUGAAAGAUGAGCCAUGGCCACUGAAUGAGUGGACACCAGAUUCCGUCAGAGUUGGUGUUGUUGCAGUAAAACUGGGAAUGAUGCCAAUAUGGACCAAGUCAGGAAAAAAACAUGCUGUCACACUACUUAAGGUGCAAGAUUGUCAUGUUUUAAAAUAUGUUUCAAAGGAAGAGUCGGGUGGAAAAACAGCUCAGCUGCUUGUUGGAGGCAAAAACGUAUCACCUUUUUCUAAACCAGAAUCUGCACAUCAGAUUUUUAAAGAAGCUGGAGUACCACGAAAGCAGAAAGUUACAACAUUUAAAGUAACAGAUGAUGCCAUAAUUAAGCCAGGUACUCCGUUGUAUGCUGCUCACUUCCGCCCAGGGCAGUUCGUGGAUGUUACUGCGAAAUCAAUUGGUAAAGGAUUUCAGGGUGUCAUGAAAAGGUGGGGAUUUAAAGGUCAGCCUGCGAGCCACGGCCAGACAAAAACUCACAGAAGACCUGGAGCGAUAUCUACUAAUAAAGCUUCCAAAGUUUAUCGUGGAAAGAAAAUGCCAGGUAAAAUGGGUAACAUCUAUAGGACAUCUUUUGGAUUAAAGGUGUGGAGGAUCAACACCGUACAUGACAUUAUUUAUGUAAAUGGCUCUGUUCCAGGUCACACAAAUUGUCUGGUGAAGGUCAGAGACAGCAAAUUGCCUACAUGCAAGGAAUACAAUAAAAACCCUCCGUUCCCUACGUUUUUUGCUGAUGGAGAUGAAAAACUACCAGAAGACCUUUUUGAUGAGGAAAUUUUCCAGUUCACGGAUCCAUCUAUCACAUAUACAUAAUGUUCUUCUCAUCUUUGAAAACACUAUUUUGUUAUUUUCAUGAACUUUGCAAUUCUGUCUGAAAGAAAACCUAUGAAUUGCAGUCUGGCCAACUGACUUAAACACUUCAGAUAUUGCCAUUUUGGUCAGGUAAUCGGAUUUCCCACUGUCAACUUCAAAGCUGUACUUAAAGCAAGCGGUGAAUCUGAGGGACAGGUUGUAAAGCACACCAAACAGUGUGUCUUCAGUGAGCUUUUGUCCUUUGCCUCAGGCUGUGAAAACUUACACAUUUCUGAAAAACUGUUGUUUUGAGAUGGUUCCAGUUCAUUUUCUAAAUGCUAACAAACUCAGUUUCUUUCUUAUGUAAAGUAUUCUGGGCAACUCUGAUCAAUCAAAAAAGGUUCCAAAUCUGCCUUGGCAUCUGGGGGGGGGGGGAGAUCUGUGUAGAAUAAUCCAAAAUAAAACAAGAAAAU